CCUACCUCCUACCUCCAUACCUUACAGCGAUGGCGAUUGCCGUUUGCUUCUUCAGUCAACGUGUGUGGGCCUCAUUCGUAUGCAUUUGUUCUCAAUGACGUUUCUCGCCAUUCCGAUACUGCACCAUUUCUCUUCGAGUCAUGUCUCAGAGCGACCUGCCUAGAGAAUCCAGGCGCGAUGGCGCCAAGAUCCCGCUCGUCACAAGAAACCUUCGCGAACUGCCUCCAGGGUUCUCGAACGAGCAGGUCUUGCACAUUCCCGUGUUGAUUCGUCAGAGGUCCAGGGCGCCCGACGCGGGCGAAGAGCGGAGGCAGUUCCUCAAGAGGCUCCGAGUGGACAACGCAGACGUCGAUGAACCUCUUACAGCGAUGCCGAAGGUGUCCGCACGACAGCACGACGACGACAUCAAGCACCCCACCAAAUCUCCAGAAGAGGUCCCGUCAUCGCAGGAACCCUCGCAGAAGGCGCAAGGACUGCGGUUAGGCUGUGAGUGAGACGCCAAAGUUGUCAUCCCCUUCGGUCGGGUUGACCGUGCCAACAGUUUUCUCGAAGGCCCAUUGGGACACAGCGUUUGCGCCCGCUGCUGCGUCUUCUGCUUUUACGGUCGUGGAACAGUCCACAACGCCCGAGGUUUGCACCUGUCGGGGCCAGCGCGCGCGCGGAAGCCUUUGCCGGAGACGCUGCCGCCAGUCGAUGAGCCCCGCGACCAGGGCAUGGUUGCAGGCGCAGCGCCAUCUUCCCAGCUUCUGUUCUGCGACGUCUUGGUCCAGCUCGGUGCGCCAAUGCCUUUCGACGGUGCGCUCGAUGUGCCCGAUUCGCUUCCUCGUUAAGUUUGCGUUGCGCGUCCACGGAAAAGGUGCGCAUUCUGACGUUUGAGCAUUAUUGCUCGUUUUGAAAAAGCAUGCCAGAUGCGUUGUUGGGGGAAGGAGGGCAACGCUUCGACCCGAAC